GCACACGCACUUGCAGUAUAAAAAGUGUCGCACACCGAUAAUUACUAUAGUUCAACUUCGACAAUCAACCACAUACAACCAACAAUGGCAGCCAAGUUCUUCGCUAUUCUGUCCCUUGCGGUGGCUGCGUCAGCACUCCCCGUGGUGCCGGUGGGCAAAGCGGUGUACGCGGAGGUGGAGCAGCCCGCGCACUACGAGUUCCAGUACAACGUGCAGGACACACACAGCGGCGACGUGAAGCAGCAGCACGAGGCGCGUGAAGGUGACGCCCUGCAGGGCUCCUACUCUCUGCUGCAGCCCGACGGCCUCACGCGCAUCGUCCACUACUCCGCAGACGCUGUGCACGGUUUCAAUGCCCAAGUGAGCUACGAGGGACACGCCACGCCCGCCCCGGCAAACCUUGCCUACGCACCUGUCGCUAAAGUCGCCUACGCCGCACCCGUCGCAAAGGUUGCCUACGCCGCUCCCGUCGCCAAGCUCGCCUACUCCCCUGUCGCCAGCUACGCCGCGCCCGUACACAAGGUCUCCUACGCCGCCCCCCUUACACAAGUCUCUUUCUCUUCCCCUGCCAUCUCCUACCACCACUAGAUAGUUACUUGUUACCAUUGAAUUGUUGAAGUUGUUCUAUUUAUUGACAUGAUUUAUCUAAUAAAAUAUUUAUUGAUAUU